AGUAUCUCCACACUUGUGAACAGUAUGAGAAGAGGAGUAGGGACGUACAUUGCAAAGUGGAACAACACAUACUUAUUUUUCCAGUAUUAUUGUUUAUUCAGAGAAUUUACUGGAAAUAUAUAACUCUUUUUUCAUAAACUCACAAAGAUAACCUUUCCACAAUGCUGGCUUCACCGUCACCCUUGAAAACAGCACUUGCAUCAGAUGUCUUUCUGUGGCCAAAUGAGUCCUCUCUGGCUGUUCCUUCAGACAAAUGUCUGCGCGGUGGAGUGUCUAAGGAUCAGCGCGUUAAGGAACAAGUCAUGAUGACUGUUAAAAGGCAUAAGUCCAGGAGUUCAACCUCAAAUUCAGGUUACAGAGGUUCAAUGUAUGAUACAAUGGCAGAUUAUAACAACAUGAAUCUCAGCAGCAAUGCUAAUCACUAUUCCAAGUAUCAGAGUGCAAACUCAACAGGACAUCAGUACAAUGGAACGCUGAAGAAAGACCAACAAAGAUUUAGUUGUUAUAGUCAAGCUGACAACUGGGGUCAUCACCGCCAUAUGUCCUAUGGGUCACCUCUUAGUCCAGGCAGUGAUUUUGACUACAAGCAGACCCUUAAAAAUAGCCGAAGUGAGCCAGACCUGACAGGACCUGAUGUAAGAUCUACACUAAGACGCCAGAAUCAGUAUAAUCAAACGCAGAACCAAAACCACCAGCAACAACGUUCUGGAAGAGCUCACAGUGCCAGCUUUUACAGCUACCAUAGCACUCAGCAGAAGAAACGAGCCCCCAUGACACCAGCCGGAACUCCAUCUUCAUUUUCAACUGUGCAGCAUCAGCAACAACAGCAGCAGCAUCAACAACAACAUUGUUAUUACACCAAUACACAAAGGAAUGAUGCAAACUUACAAAACUUCCAUUUUCCAGAACAAGACAAUUAUGGAACCAUAAAUAUACCGUCCAAGAUGGAUGCACAAGAUGAAUUUGACUCAGGGGUUAUGACCUUGGACCGAGCAGUGGAACUCUUGGGAUGCCUCGAUGACAAAUCCCAGACAUCGGGAGCCAAUUACAUACAGCAUGCAUGUUAUCAGGAUGAGAACUGCAAGAAUUUGGUUUACCAGAGCAAUGGAAUAUCUAAGCUAAUCAGCCUUCUCCAGAGCCCCAAUGAAAAUGUGCAGCAAGCUGCAGCAGGAGCUCUAAGAAAUUUAGUUUUCAAAAAUGCUGCCAAUAAACUUGAAACAAGUCAGAAUGGGGGCACACGAGAGGCUGUCUCACUUUUGAAAAGGACCUCUAACCCAGAUAUCCAAAAGCAACUUACAGGCUUGCUGUGGAAUUUGUCUUCUACGGAUCAGCUUAAAGAUGAACUGGUUAAAGAAGCUCUUCCUGUUCUUAAUGAACGUGUGGUGAUCCCAUAUUCUGGUUGGUCUGAGAAUUCCAUGUCUAACCAGAACUGUAUUCUGGAUCCUGAGGUCUUUUUUAAUGCCACUGGCUGCUUAAGGAACCUAAGCUCUGCCGAUGUUGGUCGCAAAGCCAUGCGCAACUGCCCAGGUCUUGUGGAGUCUUUGAUGUGUUACAUUCAAAAAUGUUUGGCUAAUAAUUGCCCUGAUGACAAGUCAGUUGAGAACUGUGCUUGUAUCCUACAUAACCUGUCUUACCACUUGGACUCUGAAGUACCAAAUAAGUACUCACAGCUGAAUGAGCAAAUGGCCAGUCACCUACAAAAUGAUAAGAGCUCUACUGGCUGCUUCAGCAACAAAAGCAACAAGCUGCAGAAUAAUAACUUUGAGCUGCCCCUACCAAAAGAAGACUCUAACCCUAAGGGUGCUGCACUUCUGUCUCACUCCAGUGCUAUUCGCACAUACCUUUCUCUACUUGGACAGAGUAAGAAGGAAUCAACACUUGAAGCUUGUGCUGGGGCACUCCAAAACCUUACAGCCAGCAAAGGGCAGAUGUCCAACGGGAUGAGUCAAAUCAUUGGGUUACAAAACAAGGGGCUUCCUCAGAUUGCUGGCCUUUUGCAAUCUGGAAAUGCUGAUGUUGUGAAGACGGGAUGCUCUUUAAUCAGCAACAUGUCCCGUCAUCCAGCUCUUCACAAAACCAUGGCUACCCAGGUUUUCCCUGAUGUUUCACGACUCCUCUCUCAGUCCUCUGGAAGAACAAUGACCUCUGAAGAUAUUCUGUCCUCUGCAUGUUACACAAUGAGAAACCUUGCCAUGGCUGAACCCCAGAUAGCCAAACAAAAUAUUUCAGGCAAUCUCCUAGGAAACUUACUCAACAUGUGUAAAAGUGGAGUCUCUCCUAAGGUUGGAGAAGCAGCUCGUGUCUUCCUGACUGACAUGUGGACUCAGAGGGAACUGCAGGGAGUUCUUAAACAGCAAGGUCUUGACAAAAGUAUAAUGGGAUCCCUAGGAAGCACAGCCCUCAGAAAUACUAUUUCUCGAGUCUUUUAAUUGAUAACCAACAAAGGAUUUUAGAAUUCAAACUUGUACGAGAAACUCAUCCACACUCUUCAAUAAUCUGAUUCUUAGCAGAUGAGGAGUACAAUUGAGAUACAGGUAUUGGAACAAUUAUCCAGACCUGGGUGUUUUCCGGAUGUAGGAUCUUUUAGUAAUUUGGAUCCCCUAAACUAAUUUCAACAUUAAAUUAACCCAAUAGGAUGGUUUAGAAUGGUUUAGCUGCCAAUGCGAAUUAAUGCAGCUUAGUUAUGAUUAAGUAAAAGGUUUUUUUUUUUUAUUACUACAAAGUUUCUCUACAGAGAAAAAGAAAAUCAUUUAUAAAAAUUAGAAUUAUUUUCUUAAAAUGUUGGCUUCAAAUGUAAUCUUAGAUAGACGGACUGCCCCUAAUUUAGAGAUUCCUGGAUAAUGCAUUUCUGGAUAAGGGGUCGUAUACUGUAAUAUAUUACAAUGUGUAUAAGGUGUUUUUUUUUUUUACAAAAAUGUAUAUCUGACUGAACGUUCACAGGAAUAUAUUUCUAAGUGGUUUAGGUGGGUUUCAUUUAAAGAAACUGACUUUUAUAAGAAUACUGCCCUGUAGUAUAACUCCAAUACCUCCAUCCAAGGGUCUCUCUGCUUUUCUCCCCCCCCCACCUUCUUCUACCCAGGGGCUCAUUUUGUUCUGAUUGUAUCUUUGGACAAUUUAUAUUUUGUUUAUGAAUAUGUACAGAUAAAAUGUUGCUCACUGUAUCCCCUUUCUUUUUUCUGUACCCCUUAUACUAUUUUUGGAAAUAAUAAACAGCUAUUUGAAAAAAAAAAAA